GGUUUUAUUCAAGAUUCAACAGUGUCUUUCGUAGUACGACAGUGUAAGGGUUCUGGUCCGCCUAUAGAGCCAAUAGAAGGUGCGUGUUGUGGUCAAGGUUGUGUGAACUGCGUUUGGUCAGUGUAUGCCAGUGAAGUCGUGAGAUAUUACAACAUAGUGAAAGAUAUUGAAGCGAAGGUGUCUAAUGCGAACGUCCGAGCAUACAUACUUGCCGAGCUUCGGAUGAAGUUGAAGAAAUCUUGA